AUCGCCCAUGGACUACGAUCAGGCAUCGGUCGCGCCACUGCAAUCGCGCUUUCAGCAGCAAGGUGGACAGUCGUAUUGUCUGGACGUCGUGAGGCUGAGCUUCAUCUAACCGCGAGCCGCUGCCCUUGGGAGACUCUUGUUGUGCCUACCGAUGUAUCCAAAGAGGAAGAAGUCAUGCGUUUGUUCCAGAGAACGAUAAAGGUUUUUGGUAUGUUAGAUCUGCUAUUUAACAAUGCGGGAACUGGUGGUCCUCGUCUUCCGCUGGAUCAAGUCUCCGGAGAUGAAUUCAUGGAUGUCAUUAACGUCAACGUCUUUGCCUCCUUCUUAUGUACCAGGGAGGCUGUGAAGAUCUUCAAACGACAAGGAAAGGGUGGUAGAAUUAUCAACAAUGGUUCUUUGGCGGCACAUGUCCCGCGGCCAAAUUCGGUGUCAUACACUGUGUCCAAGCACGCAAUUUCCGGCCUAACCAAGAGCACUGCUUUAGAUGGAAGACAGUUUAACAUAACGUGCACGCAAAUCGAUAUAGGGAACGCCAGCACAGAAAUGACUGCUGGGCACUCCAGCGGGGCGCUUCAACCCGAUGGUACGACACGCUCGGAGGCUCUAUGCGACGUGAACCACGUCGCAGACACCAUCGUCCAUAUUGCUUCUCUUCCUCAUGAGACGACCGUUCUAACGGUCAACGUAAUGGCUACCGGGAUGCCGUUCGUUGGAAGAGGCUGAUUUGGCUGGACUCAUGCCAUAAUUUGUGCACGAUCGAUCUGAGUCCCCUUGGCCGACUCGGAACCGAGUGGUUGUAAACACAUAUAAAUAUCUCCAGUCCAUUCAAAAAAUAAAAAUCCUAAAUUGUAUCGUUCGAUUCUCUCUGUUGGACACUUCAGCCACCUCAGACAGACCCUC